AUGCCUAAAGUUGGAGGAAGAAGGGUAAAAUUUAUAAUUAUGAUAAAAUUAGAAAAAAACAAGAACACAUAAAGAAGCAACAGAGGAGGAUCUUGAUUUAAUAGGAUAGACACCAAAAGGUUUAAUUUAAUUUCUAUUUUUCAAGCAUUUAUUUUAAAGAGAGGAAAAGUUUCUUAAACAAUACGAUAAUUAAUUGAUGAUUAUAGAGAUGUUAUGUAUCCAUUUACAAGCAUGAAUUUACAAGAAUCAGAUAAAACUAAAAUGAAAGAUUAUAUUUAGGCAGCUGGUUAUUAUUUAAUAUCACAUAUGAUUAUUAUGACAUAAACUAACAAGAGUAUAUGAAAAUGCUUAAUAAUUAGAUUCAUACAUAAGAUUCAUUUAAAAUCCUAGAGGACCUACCUUUACAUUUCGUAUUCUUAAAUACGCAAAUAGAAAUGAAGUUCUUAAUGCUUAAAGAAAGUUCAAAUCAUUUUCUAGAGUGUUUUCACCUCCAUUACUUGUUAUGAAUGGAUUUCAGACUGACUUUUAGACAGAUGAUCCUUAAAAACCAACUAGUGAUCAUAUUAAAUUAGUAGGUAAUAUGAUUUAAUCAAUGUUUCCUGCUAUUAAUGUUUAAAAUACAAAUCCAAAAACAUAAAAGAGAGUUAUAUUAUUUUCUUAUAAAAAUGAUAAGAUAUACAUAAGACAUUAUUACAUUAGUUUUAAUUUAAAAGGAAUAGAUAAAAAAAUGAAGAAAAUCAUAAAAGCAAAUAAAUUACCAAAUUUAUCUAAAUACAAUAGUUUUUCUGAUUUUUUAUAAAACAAUCAUUAAAUGUUUGCUUCAGAUACAGAAUAAUCUGAUUUAGAGGAAUUGGAAAUUGAAAAUAAAUAACAUAAAACAUAAUAAAUGAGUAUCAGAUUACAUGAAGUUGGACCUAGGUUGGAAUUAAAAUUAUAUAAGAUAGAAGAAGGAUUUAUGCAAGGGAAUGUUGUUUAUAAUAGAGUUGGUAAAUUAAAUAAUAUUAUAUAAUUUUAGUAUCAAAAACAAAUAAAGCAGUUGAGAAAUUAAGAAAAAUUAAAAGAAGAAAAAUGUUAUUAAAAUAUAAAAGAAGAGAAGAAUAAGAAUAAAAUGUAUAGAAAAAAACAAAAAAAUAAGAUAUUCAAGAAUUUGAUAAUGUAAAUAAAAAGGUUAAAUAACAAUGA